AUGCAGUUCGCCCGGACCGUCGCCUCGGGGCGCGCCGCCGAGCAGAUCGCCAACCGGCCCGAGCUCUUGGAGAUGGACCGGUUCCUCCGCCGCGCCGGCAUCCAACGCCGCCUAAGCGAGGAGGCGGGCAUGCUGCCGCCGCGCGUGCUCGAGCAGCUCGAGUGGUACAGCCGCGGCGUGAACGACGGACUGGAAGAGAUCGGCCGCACGCUGCCGAUGUGGGCCGUUGGCUUCCAGCCCGAGCCGUGGACGCCCGAGGCGGUGAUGCUGAUCGGCAACCUGCUGUCGUUCGCCGGCCUGGCGAUCGGCGAGCAAGAGGCCGAGCGCGUCAUGCUCGAGCUGAUCCACCUUGGCGUGGAGGAGGAACGGCUUCGCGAGCUGUUCCGUCCGUACCUGGACGGCGUCGACUUCGAGCCGCUCCGCGACGUCCGCUUCGGCAAGCAGUUGUCGGACGACGCGCUGGAGCUGCUUGCCGACCUGCCACGCCUGGCCGGCAGCAACGCCUGGGCGGUGGCGCCCGAGCGGAGCGCGACCGGCGCGGCGUUGUUGGCGUCGGACCCGCACCUCGAAGUGAACCGCCUGCCGGCCAUUUGGUACGAGGCCGCGCUGCGGUGGACCGACGACGACGGCAAACAAGAGUACGUGCUCGGCGCGACGCUGCCCGGCUGCCCGUUGUUCGCGGUCGCGCGGACGUCGCGGCUGUCGUGGGGCGUGACGUACAUGCACGCCAACACGAGCGACCACUUCAUCGAAGACGUGCGGCAGAAGCCCGGCGCCGAAGAAGCCUGGCAGUACCGCCGCGGCGAGGAGUGGCUCGACUACGAGCCGCGCGUCGAACGUAUCGAACGCAAGGGCGCCGAGGCGAUCGAGGAAGCGAUCUACGAAAACGACGUCGGCGUGUUGACCGAGCCGCCCACCGAAGCGGGCAAGCACUUGUCGGUCGCAUGGGUCGGCAGCCGGGCGGGCGGCGGCGCGGCGAUCGGCACGUGGCUCGACGUGGUGGCCUCCCGAUCGACGACCGAAGCGAUGGACGUCGUGCGGCGAUCGCCCCACCCGUCGCUCGUCUGGGUGUUCGCCGACAGCGAAGGCCACAUCGGCAAGCAAGCGAGCGGCUGGCUGCCGAUCCGCGGCAAGGCGUCCGGCCUGGUGCCGGUCGGCGCGUGGGACGAGGCGAAUCACUGGCAGGGCGUCGUCCCGGCCGAUCGCCUGCCGAGCGAGCACGACCCGGCGCGCGGCUUCGUCGCCUCAGCGAACGAAGAGCUCUACCUGGCGGACGGCACGCCGCUGCACUCGCACGGGCUGCACGACUACCGCCGGGUGCGGAUCGACGAGCGGCUGACCGAGCUGCCGCGCGCGACGCUCGCCGACAUGCAAGAGCUGCAGUACGACGUCGUCAGCCGCCACGCGCGCGACUUGCUGCCGGUGCUCUUGGCGCACGUCGAAGACGGCCCGCUCAAGGAGCGCCUCACCGCGUGGGACUGCCGCUUCGACCCCGAGAGCCGCGACGCGGCGCUCUUCAUGGGUUUCUACCGGCACGUGCUGCUGGAGAUCUUUGGCCACGAAGAAGGCAUCGGCUGGCGGCGGAUGCUCUACCUCGCCACGCGGCUCGGCUACUCGGCGAUGGUCCUCACGGCGAUCGACCGCGUGCUGCCGAAGGUCACCAGCAGUUGGUGGCGCGUCCGCGACAAGGGCGAGAUGAUCCGCCGCGCGGCUGAACGGGCAAUCGCCGAACCGGAGCGGAGUUGGAGCGACGUCAACUCGUUCCACUUCACCGACCGGUUCUUCGGCGGCGCUUCGGGGCAGACGACGACCGGGCGGUUGCUCGGCUUCCAGUCCUCAAGCACGCCGAUGCCGGGCUGCCACGCGACGCCGUUCCAAGGGCACCUGAAGGCGACCGCCAAGCGCGAGUCGACCUUCGCGCCGAGCUACCACUUCGUCGCCGACAUGGCGACCGACGAGGCGUGGACCAACCUGCCCGGCGGCCCGAGCGAGAACCGCUUCAGCAAGUGGUACCGCACCGACAUCGAGCGCUGGAAGCAGGGCGAUUUCAAACGUGAAGCGGACAUGAAAAUAGCCCCGACCAAGCUUGGUCGGGGCUAUUCGGUCUCUGAACAGAACGACGCGUGCGGCUCACCAGCCGACGCCGACGUGCACGCCGGGAGCGCGGACGCUGACGCCGCCCCAGUAGCCGCCUCGCACGCCAACGUACGGGGCGCGGACGACGACCGGAGCGCGGUAGACAACGGCCGGGCGGUAGGCGCGGCGGACAACGCGGCGGUAACGGCCUGCUUCGGCGUCCAUCGGCACGGCGAAAGCCAUCGCCAUCAAGGCGAGCAGCGACAGGGCGAUUCGUUUCUUCGAGCGGAACAUCGGAGGGCUCUCCUUCGAGAGUGGGGCCGGGCGCCCUCAACGGCGCCCGCGGUAGGUGGUUGCGUAGCGGGAAUACCCGCCCGCGCGGUAAGUCUGCCGCGAACUGGUGAAGCGCGGGUUAACCCGAAUCGUCGGGUCGAUCGGGGGCCGCGUCAACCAGCGGCGUUGCCGCCACUGCGGCACGGCCGAGGCAGACUCGACCAGCACGGCGGUCAGCAGCAGUGCCGCGACCGACGUCACGAGCCAACGGGCACGACGCUUCGCGGGACUGCUUGCGGGAGUGGGUGGCUGGGCGAGCAUCUCGGUCUCCUUCGCCUGGAAGUGGGAGAACCGGCGGCGACGCCGUCGGCCGGGUAUUGUACGCCUCGAUGGGGACGAUGGCUCGCCAAACCGACCGGCGGGGGCGUGAGCCACGACACGUCCGCCAAACUGGCAGCCCGCGGCGUACCGGCCCCCUCCCCGAGGGCCUUUGCCUUCUACCGCCACCGACUGCGUCACCGCUGCGCCGUGACGCCCCCCGCACAUCACGCGGCGUCGCUUCACCAAGAGGCCCGACCGCGAGUCAACCGACCCAAUUCCUUCCAAGCCGCGAGGAACUCGCCGAUGGCGACCGCCACCAAGAAAAAGACGAAGGUCAAGCUCGAGCCGAUGGGCGACAAGGUUGUCGUCGAGCGUCUGGAGUCGUCCGACACCACCGCCGGCGGCAUCUUCCUGCCCGACUCGUCCAAGGAGAAGCCGAACCGCGGCACGAUCGUCGCGGUGGGCCCCGGCAAGCUGUUGGACGACGGCAGCCGCGGCGAGCUGCAGGUGAAGGUCGGCGAUGAGGUCCUCUUCACGAGCUACGCCCCCGAGACGAUCGAGCUGGGCGACGACGAGUACCUGCUGAUGGGCGAGUCGGACAUCCUGGCCAUUGUUGAAUAG